AUGUCUUACGGUGGUUACGGCGGUGGCGGCGGUGGUUACGGCGGUGGUGGUGGCGGCUACGGUGGCGGUGGCGGUGGCUACGGCGGUGGCGGUGGCGGUUACGGCGGUGGUGGUUUCGGAGGUGGCGGCUUUGGUGGCGGCGGUUUCGGUGGUGGUGACCGUAUGAGCAACCUUGGUCAGGGUCUCCAGAACAUCGACUGGCAGACUACCACUCUCACCAAGUUUGAGAAGAACUUCUACGUCCAGGACCCCCGAGUCACUGCCCGAUCCGACUCUGACAUUGACGCUUUCCGAGCCUCCAAGGAGAUGAAGAUCCAAGGCAAGAACGUUCCCCGCCCCAUCACCACUUUCGACGAGGCUGGUUUCCCCGACUACAUCAUGACUGAAAUCGCCCGAAUGGGUUUCGCCGCUCCUUCCGCUAUUCAGUGCCAGGCUUGGCCCAUGGCCUUGUCUGGUCGUGACGUUGUCGCCGUUGCCGAGACCGGUUCCGGUAAGACCAUCUCCUUCGCCCUCCCCGCCAUGGUCCACAUCAACGCCCAGCCCCUCCUUGCCCCCGGUGACGGCCCCAUCGUCCUCAUCCUCGCCCCUACCCGAGAGCUUGCUGUCCAGAUCCAGGCCGAGUGCACCAAGUUUGGCGCUUCUUCCCGAAUCAGGAACACUGCCAUCUACGGUGGUGCCCCCAAGGGUCCCCAAAUCCGAGACCUCCAGCGAGGUGUCGAGGUUUGUGUCGCCACCCCCGGUCGAUUGAUUGACAUGCUCGAGACUGGCAAGACCAAUCUCAAGCGAGUUACCUACCUCGUCAUGGACGAAGCCGACCGAAUGCUUGACAUGGGUUUCGAGCCCCAGAUCAGGAAGAUUGUCUCUCAGAUCCGACCUGACCGACAGACCCUCUUGUUCUCUGCCACUUGGCCCAAGGAAGUCCAGCGUCUCGCUAUGGACUUCCAGCACGACUUUAUCCAGGUCAACAUUGGUUCUUUGGACCUCACUGCCAACCACAACGUUGCCCAGCACGUCGAGGUCUGCUCCGACUUUGACAAGCGACAGAAGCUCCUCGCCCACCUCGAAAAGAUCUCUCAGGAGAACGCCAAGGUCCUCAUCUUUGUUGGUACCAAGAGGGUUGCCGACGACAUUACCAAGUUCUUGAGGAUGGACGGCUGGCCCGCUCUUGCCAUUCACGGUGACAAGCAACAAGCCGAGCGAGACUGGGUCCUUGCCGAGUUCAAGUCUGGUCGAUCCCCCAUCAUGCUUGCUACCGAUGUCGCUUCCCGAGGUCUCGAUGUCCGAGACAUUGGCUACGUUAUCAACUACGACUUCCCCAACAACUGUGAAGACUACAUUCACCGAAUUGGUCGAACUGGUCGUGCCGGUAAGACUGGUACUUCUUACACCUACUUUACCACCGAGAACUCCAAGUCUGCCCGUGAACUCGUCCAGAUUCUGAGAGAGUCCAAGGCCGUCAUUCCCCCUGAGCUCGAGGAGAUGGCUUUGUACGGUGGCCGAGGUUCCGGUGGUGGCCGUGGCCGUGGCGGUCGUGGUGGUGGCCGAGGCCGUGGUGGAUUCGGUGGCGGUCGAGGCGGCGGCGGCUACGGUGGUGGUGGUGACGGUUACAACAGCCGCUGGUAA